GACGAGUCCAUUGGCACAAGGAUUUCAGUUGUGAGUUGCUCUGCAUCUACCUACCUAACUCUUGUUCGUAGAACCAGCACGCACUCCUCUCCCCUUCUCUGUUAUUCAACGAUAUGGCACGCAAGAAGAUCAGAGAGUACGACUCCAAGAGGUUGUUGAAGGAACACUUCAAGAGGCUCGGUGGCCGUGAAUUGCCCCUUAAAUCAGCCCAAAUUACUGAAUCAACCGAUCUCAAUGAGCUAGUUGAGAAGGAAUCUUGGCUUUCAUCUUCCAAACUGGUUGUGAAACCUGACAUGUUGUUUGGAAAGCGUGGGAAGAGUGGUUUGGUUGCUUUGAACCUUGACUUCGCUCAAGUUGCCACCUUUGUGAAGGAGCGCCUUGGCAAAGAGGUGGAGAUGGGUGGUUGCAAAGGACCCAUAACAACAUUCAUUGUUGAACCCUUCAUUCCCCAUAAUGAGGAGUUUUACCUUAAUAUUGUCUCAGACCGACUUGGGAACAGCAUAAGCUUCUCCGAGUGUGGAGGAAUUGAUAUUGAGGAGAACUGGGAUAAGGUCAAGACCAUAUUUGUCCCUACAGGAACUCCUUUCACAUCAGAAGUAUCUGCACCACUUGUUGCAACCCUUCCCUUGGAGAUCAAAGGAGAACUUGAGGACUUUAUCAAAGUCGUUUUUACUCUAUUUCAAGAUCUGGACUUCACUUUUCUGGAGAUGAAUCCUUUCGCACUGGUUGAUGGAAAGCCAUAUCCUUUGGAUAUGAGAGGCGAGCUGGAUGACACUGCUGCUUUCAAGAACUUCAAAAAGUGGGGCAGUAUUGAAUUUCCAAUGCCAUUUGGAAGGGUUAUGAGUUCUACAGAAAAAUUUAUUCAUGGCCUAGAUGAAAAGACUAGUGCAUCUUUGAAAUUCACAGUUCUCAACCCAAAGGGACGAAUUUGGACUAUGGUAGCUGGAGGAGGUGCAAGUGUCAUCUAUGCAGACACGGUUGGAGAUCUUGGCUUUGCUGAUGAACUUGGAAACUAUGCCGAAUACAGUGGAGCACCUAAUGAAGAGGAGGUAUUGCAGUAUGCCAGAGUUGUGAUUGAUUGUGCAACGUCAGACCCUGAUGGCCGUAAGAGAGCCCUUGUAAUUGGAGGAGGAAUAGCCAACUUUACCGAUGUAGCUGCAACAUUCAAUGGUAUCAUUCGAGCCUUGAAGGAGAAGGAAUCAAAGCUUAAAGCCGCAAGGAUGCAUCUCUAUGUCAGGAGAGGAGGUCCCAACUACCAGAGGGGCCUCGCAAAAAUGCGGGCACUUGGAGAGGAAAUCGGCAUCCCAAUUGAGGUCUAUGGACCCGAAGCAACAAUGACGGGUAUUUGCAAACAGGCAAUUCAGUGCAUCAGUGUUGCUGCAUAAGUCGUUCUUCAGAUUGCUCGCUCUUCUCCUUUCUUUUCUUUUCUUUUCUGGCAAGUUUCCAUGUCUCCAUUAAAUCCUUGUACCAAUUUCGUUCUAUCAAAAACCUCAGCGAAGUUAAUGUAGUUUGUACGUGCUAAUGGGUAAUGGUAGCGUGAUUGUACUGUGUGACCUUGUUACUGAAAUAAAAAGUUUACAUUGGCGUACUCA